UCGAAGCAAGUUAUCCCUGACUGGCAUGCAGCAGGAUUUCUCGGACCUUCUCAGCAGAGAGCUGGUGCCAGCCAUCGCCAGUAAGAACUCUGGUCUGACAGGACCAAUAGUGUGAAUUCAUAUAGCAGUUAUCUUCCAAAUUCCAAUCUGUGUUUUGGAGACCUGAGUUUAGACAGAACUGGCACAGAUUAGACCCAGACUGAACUUUGGGUUUAUUUCAAUCACAGAUGUGCUCUGAACCUUUUCCCUGGUUCACAUGUCUCUGUAGAUCAUGUCAUCUUUUCCAACACAGAAAAUCUGGUAUUGAGAGGUUCAUGUUCCUAUCCGGUGCUUCAGUCCUUUCCAACUUUUGUAAGCUCUGUGAAAUAAAUUGGCUAGAAGCUGCUGGAACUGACAGUAAGGGCUGAUGGAUUCCCAGCAAACAGGGUGAUUUCAUUUUAUAAUGAAAUGCUCUAGUGAAACUGUGAGUUCAGUCUAGAGCUGGAAUUAGGCUGGGGUUAACAUUUUCUUUGCGUGAAUGCGAUGAGAAGCUGAAACAGGCGUUCUGCAGCCUUUAAAGCCCGACAGCUCACUCGGGUGAACAGGCCAGGGGGGCCAAAACACAGGGGAACAGCCACGGCUUGCAACGCCGACUGCGUAACUGUCAACUGAGGUCACAGUGUGGAGGUUCAAGUGCCACCUCCCUUGCCGCAGCACGCCUGCCAUAAACAUCUUCUCCGUUACCUCCCGAGGCACGCUACGAAGGGCUGUGCAAGUCUGUGCCACGCUCAUUUAAUGUGAGCAGGGAGAGAGAGCACAGGGAGCAGCAGAGAACGGCAGUGCUGUACGGCAUGGAGAGGAGAAGCAGGGGUGAAAGGGCUAAGCUGACUGUUUCUGAGGAACAGUUUAAAAAAAAAGAAAGAAAAAAUGCUCAUUUGGCAGGGAGAGAGAAAAUGGGGAAGAGGUGCCUGACUGUUCUUGCUUCUCUUCACAGGAUAAAGUCGCUGUAUGGCAGUGUAUCAAGCAUUCAAAGCUUUAGGGGCCCACCACUGAUUGCAGAUGACUUCACAAGCCAUUGCAGUUCUGCGUGAGCAGGCUGAAAAUGGCACUUGCCAGUGUCAUUGUAGGCAUUUCAUCUUCCAGAUUACUAAUCAGAAAAGCCUUCGUGGUACCCAUAAUAUAGAUAGGGUACACAAACUACCUCCAGCCCAAAACCCCUACUGGCAGCUGGGUCUGAGGAUUCAUGCUUUAUCCAGCAAGGGGUCUGCCUUAUUAUGUUUUCUCCAGACUGUUCUUAGUGCUGGAGGAAGACACCCCUGUACGUAACUAAAACAGAACUGAAUCUCCUGGACGAUGUCUAUGUUUGGUAACCAGGCACAUCAUCGAAGCCAAAAGGGUGAAGAAAGAUCCUUAUCCAAACAUUUCCAAAAAGAUAUAUGCCUACCAAACCCAGGAUUAAUACCGUAUAUUUCUUCUUUGUAAAACAGUUGUGUCUGAAGGCCGUGACUGAAACUAGGGUCUCAUUAUGCCAGUUGCUAUAUAUAUGCAUAGGGCUGCUUUUACGAGCCAGAAGGAACUGUCGUGUCUGGUCUGCACAGGACAAGCCAGAUAAAAUUAUCUCCUGAUGUCACUAUAAAGCUCAGGAUCCAGAGCUGGGCUGUGCUAGAGCGCUUAGAAAAGCAUUCAGAUCCAAUAAAAACAUGAAGUGAUACAGCAGCCACAAAUCCAUAGAUCAGCCGUGCCAAUGGCUAAUUCCCCUGUGCCGAUGGCCAAUUCCCCUUAUGCCUUAAUUCUGCUCUAAAUUGGUCUGUGUUGGCAGCCUGUAUUUGCAGCCAUCAGGCUUCAUUCUGCCAUACUAAAUUACUUCAAUUCCUCUCCAGAUAUUCAGAGCCUAUACUAAAUCCACCACGAGAGGAAGUCCUCCAGCACAAAUGAUGUGUGAUUUAGGGUGGUCUAUGUUUCUGGGGUACCUGUUCCUGAAAAACUUUUGUGAAAGGCUUGGUCUCUGGCUCUGCUUCCUAGCCACCUUUUGGCCGAAUCCAAGACCCUGUGAUUGACGCAGUAACAGCCUGAUUUGUGCAGUGCCAAACGUUUAUUUUCCUGGCAGGCCUGCAGCUUCUCCCCUGGGGGGAGGUCUUGUGUCACAUAUUACGUGACACAGUUCUGCUCGACAGGGCUGUGAUUUGAAGCAGUACCUAGAAACUCCCUGUGUCUCCAGGGAGCAGAAGAACGUGAGUGCAGAAGCACGCUCCCCAGCGCGCUGUGGGAGACACUCCCUGAACCAGCUCAUGCCCUCCUCUAAUUAAUGAAAGUCUGGACUUCUGUUGUCAUCUCCUGCUGAUUAAUCCCCUUCCCCCAACACCAGCAGCAAGCUCUCCUUCUCUCAUUUGGCUUGUGCAGCCUGAGGCUGGUGGGCAGUGCGGGAGCUUCACAAGGACCUAUAUUCUGACCUGAAUUCCCCACCAACCUCCGUUGCUCAGUGGGGAAACUGAGGCACGCGGUAGCAAGGCAGCAGACUGGCACUCUUGCAUGUGAGGUCUUCCUCCACUCGCCACAGGGGACGAUGCUGUCUCAUGUGUCCUUGUGCCAAGGGAAUUUGGACUUGGAAACACGCACGCAGUACUGCAUGAAAAAUGAAUCGCCACGUGUAAAUAAAUUAUCAGCAGAUCUCCGAUCUGAUCGUGCUUUCAGGAGCUCCACACAGGAGAUUGGAGAAGAGCUGGAGGAUGGUGUGAUCUACAGCAUAUCCCUCCGGAAAGUGCAGCUCCAUCACACCGCCAACAAAGGGCAGCGAUGGCUGGGGUUUGAGAAUGAGUCAGCCUUAAACCUCUACGAGACGUGUAAGGUGCGGACGAUAAAAGCCGGGACUUUGGAGAAGCUGGUGGAGUACCUGGUCUCAGCCUUCAAGGGCAAUGACUCCACCUAUGUCACCAUCUUCCUCUGCACUUACCGGGCCUUUGCCACCACCAAGCAAGUGCUGGACCUACUGCUUAACAGGUACGGCAAACUCCACGUGCAGGCGAAUGGGGACCAUGCCAGGCACGCUGUGGACGAGAGGUUGGAGCUGAAGAACACCAUCUCCUCCAUCCUGGGCGCCUGGCUGGACCAGUACUCAGAGGACUUCCGCAAGCCCCCAGACUUCACCUGCCUCAAGCAGCUCAUCUCCUACGUGUGCCACAACAUCCCUGGCUCAGACCUGGAGCGCCGAGCCCGCAUCCUGCUGGCCCAGUUCCAGCAGCAAGAGCAGAGCGAGUCCGAGGCGGAAGCUGUGGACCACGGCGGCUGCACCUUCCAGCUGGUGGAGGAGAACGGGCUCGGGGACGGGAAGCCGGAUUUCCUCUCCUUCUCCCCAGAGAUGGUGGCAGAACAGUUCACGCUGAUGGAUGCUGAGCUGUUUAAGAAAGUGGUGCCUUACCACUGCCUGGGCUGCAUCUGGUCCCAGCGAGACAAGAAGGGCAAAGAGCACCUGGCGCCCACCAUCCGUGCCACAGUCUCGCAGUUCAAUAGUGUGGCCAACUGUGUCAUUGCCACGUGCCUCGGAGACCGGUCCCUGAAGCCGCAGCAGAGGGCUAAAGUGGUGGAGCGGUGGAUCGAAGUGGCUCGGGAGUGCCGCAUCCUGAAGAACUUCUCCUCCCUCCGAGCCAUCCUCUCGGCUCUGCAGUGCAAUGCUGUUCACCGGCUGAAGAAGACCUGGGACGAGGUCCUACGGGAGAGCUUCCGCACUUUCCAUGAGCUCUCCGAGAUCUUCUCCGAUGAGAACAACCACUCGCUGAGCCGGGAGCUUCUCAUCAAGGAGGGCACAUCCAAAUUCGCCACCUUGGAGAUCAACCCGAAGAGGGCUCAGAAGCGGCAGCAGCAGCAGCGAGAGAUGGGCGUGAUGCAGGGCACCAUUCCCUACCUUGGCACCUUCCUCACAGACCUGGUGAUGCUUGACACCGCCAUGAAGGAUUUCCUGGACGGUGGGCUGAUCAACUUUGAGAAGAGAAGGAAGGAGUUUGAAGUCAUCGCCCAGAUCAAGCUGCUUCAGUCGGCCUGCAACAACUACAGCUUCACGCAAGAGGACCAGUUUGUGGAGUGGUUCCACAGCCUGGAGCGGCUCAGUGAGGCUGAGAGCUAUGGGCUGUCGUGCGAGAUCGAGCCGCUGUCAGAGUCGGCCAGCAACACAUUGAAGGCAAAGAAAAACACAGGCAUCAUCAAGCGAUGGAGCGACCCGGGCCCCCCCCCCACAGGCAGCUCCCACUCGAAAUCCUUCGACCAGCUCAAGUGCGGGCAGUACCUGUGCAGCGGGGACGCCACCGACUCCGUGAGCGUCACCUCCGCCGGCUCCAGCAGCUCCGAUGUGGAGGAGAUCAACAUCAGCUUCAUCCCUGAGUCCCCCGACUGCCAGGAGAAGAAGUUCUGGGAAUCCACAUCCCUCUCCUCCCUGGACACAUCAGGCAUCGGCUCAGGCUCCAGCAGUGCCUCGUCCUCUUCCGUCUCUUCCACGCCGGUGACGGCCUCCCGCACCCACAAGCGCUCGGUCUCCGGCAUCUCCAGCUAUUCCUCCCUCUCGCUCCCCCUCUACAACCAGCAGGUCGACGACUGCUGCAUCAUCCGUGUCAGCCUGGCUGUGGACAACGGCAACAUGUACAAGAGCAUUCUGGUGACGAGCCAGGAUAAGACUCCGGUUGUUAUUCGCAAAGCCAUGGCCAAACAUAACUUGGACGGGGACCGACCUGAAGAAUAUGAGCUUGUUCAGAUCAUCUCAGAGGAGAGAGAGCUAAAGAUCCCUGACAACGCCAACGUCUUCUACGCCAUGAACUCUGCCGCCAACUACGACUUUGUGCUCAAGAAGCGGGGCUUCUCCAAAGGGGUGAAGAUCAAGCACGGCUCCAGCUCCACCCUGCCCAGGAUGAAGCAGAAAGGCCUGAAGAUCGCCAAAGGCAUCUUCUAGCCUCAGCCCCACUGCCACCCAUCACCAACGGGGCCUUGGGGGCAGGCUGCUCCGAGCUCUGCUGCGGCCAGUCCUUGUGCCGCCUGGCAUGGCAAGAGGAGCGACCCUCGCCCGCGGGGGAUGGCCGUGCAUCUCCCUCCCACACCAAGAGCCGGGGCGCUUUGGCAACCGGUGUCGGCCUCCGCCUCUCUCUGCACAAGCUCCCGUUUCAAUCAGGUCUUUUUUUCUACACAGGAAGGCAGCAGGGGGGAACUCUCUAUUUUCUUUUUUUUUUGUUGUUUUUAACCUUCCACAGUGCGACACUAGUCCAGCUGCCAGCCAGCCCAGAGCUGGAGCCCACCUCUGCCAUAGGUGCCUUGUGUCCGAGUGAGCCGGGGAGCGGCGACUCGCCCAGGGGCCGUUUGCAAGGAGCAGAGCACGAGCCAUCACCCCGGGGCUGCAAAGCCUCCCAUGGGGCAGGGUGCUCUCCUUCCCAGCUUUCCUGGCAUUGUUUUACCUCCACGUCCUUCCUCCCUGGAAUAACUGGCAUUGCCACCGCCAAGCAUCUCUGCCUGUCCUUCCCUUGGGAGAAGCCACGGAUGCCCCGGGAGGAGAGCUGGAGAGGAUGCGCUGGUGCUCGGAGCCCCGUGGAGGAGGGCUGUGUCCGUGCCGGGACGGAGCAGGCGCCUCAUGCUCUUGACAAAUGGAAGCCUGCGUGCUCUUGCUCCUUCGACGGCCCGCGUUCAAACUUGCACCAAAGAUCAAACGCCAGUGUCUCUUCUACCGGCGGGGGAAGCUUUGCGCUGUGCCCCCAGCGCUGCCAGCCUAACGAGGAGGAGGAGGAGAGCAAAUUUCUGUCUAAACUUGUGUAAAUAGAGACUUCGGGUCUGCGCAGGCGGGCGAGGAGCCAGAGAGCUCUGGGUGCCCCGGCUGCCACCGCCUGACCUGCAGAAAGUGCCACUCACCUUGGGCUUUAACCGGACUUCAAAUACUGACCAUGGGAGAAGCAACAAUGAGACUUUUUUUGUAUAAAACAAAAAAGUUUACUGAUUUUUUUUUUUUUUUUUUUUUUUCAGUAUUUAUUGGUUGUAAAUAGAAGAGAUGAACUUGUACAUUUUACUAAUCCAGCCUCCCCCUGCCCUGCAGCCCAGUCCCUCUCCGCUCCCUCCCUCCCCACCCUGGUAUUUAAGGCUGCUGGGAAGGGAUGGUGGCAGCAGCAGCAGCGUCACUCGGCUUCAUAUAUGGGGUGCAGACCCCACUGGCCACCUUCCUUUCUCUACCACUAGUCGCUCGAGCAGGGGCAGAGAUGCUUGUUUUAAUCACUGUAGGAAACACUAACCCAAGGGGACCUUCCUUUUUUUCCCCCUUGCCCCCCCCCCCCCCCCCUUUUUUUUUUUAAGCGAUUCCUUCCAGCACCUCUCUGCUUCCCGUCUGUCCGUGCGGCUGUAACACCUUCCCCGGCUCCAGGAGAGGGGCCCAGGUGGUGCCUGGGGAUGCAGCAACGCUGCAGGGCCAGACUGGAGGCAGGAGCUGGGCUGUGGGCCCCUGGCAGCAGCUGGGGAAGAGGCUGCUUGGGUGCGAGCGUGGCUGGUGCUGAGUUCUCCCAGCCCCGUGUCCCCUCAGGUGGGAUUGCCCAUCGCUGCACAUGAUGGGAGCCCCUGGCUCCCUGACGCAGGGGUAGCCUCCUGCCUCCCACCCUGCCCAGAGCCUGGCUCCUGCCCUCAGGCAUCAGCACCCCAGGGGCUUCCCUCUGCUUCGUGCCUGCCAGCUCCUGCCUGCCCUGGGGCCGUGCUGGCCCCCACUGCCCUCCUCCCCUCCCAGCAGUGUUCCCUGGCAGCCCGCCGUCACCGGAGGGACUGGCUGUACCAUAUGUAUUUUGUACCACUUCAAUGAAGGAGCACACUGCCUGGUGUGACUUGUACACAGCAAUGUAAUUAGUCUUUGCAAUAAAAUACUGAUGCUCAAA